CUGGGACAGUGUGCGCAUCUUGACACCUUGACUUGACUAAGCUACAUUUAACUGUUUUGGUAUUGUGGCUUUUUUUUUUCCUUUGUUCUUGGAUAUAAAUGACUGAUUGCCAAAUGGUUUCCUCGGAUUUUACAGAAGAUGAGAAGAUGGAGAUUGAGGGCAUUAAGACGUACAAAAAAGACCUUCUGGAUGAUAUCCAGAAGUUAAAGAUGGAGAUAGACGUCGUGAUGGCGGAAAUACUCAGCUUUGAGUCUGCGGAAGAAAAUAAGACGAUAGAGAAGAGCAAGCGGUUCUCAAAUGGGAAAAAGAAAUUCAACAUGGACCCUAAAAAGGGUAUCAAUUACCUGGUGGAGAAUAAGCUGCUGGAUGGAAGUGCUCAGUCCAUCGCCGAGUUCCUCUACAAGGAGGAGGGACUCAACAAGACCGCAAUUGGAGAAUUUCUUGGAGAAAGGGAGGAGCUCCACCUCCAGACCCUGAAGGCCUUUGUGGAGCUGCACGAGUUCUCCGACCUCAACCUGGUCCAGGCCCUCAGACAGUUUCUGUGGAGUUUCCGUCUGCCCGGUGAAGCCCAAAAGAUCGACCGCAUGAUGGAGGCCUUCGCCACGCGCUACUGUGACUGCAACACUCACGUCUUCCAGUCGGCUGACACGUGCUACAUCCUGUCUUUUGCCAUAAUCAUGCUGAACACCAGCCUCCACAACCCCAACGUGAAGGACAAGACCACUCUGGAGCGCUUCAUCUCCAUGAACAGAGGCAUCAACAACGGAGAGGAUCUACCCAAUGAUCUGCUCUCGAAACUGUAUGAGAGCAUUCGAAACGAACCUUUCAAAAUCCCGGAAGACGAUGGGAAUGAUCUGACUCACACCUUCUUCAACCCUGACAGAGAAGGCUGGCUCCUCAAACUUGGAGGCCGAGUGAAGACGUGGAAGAGACGAUGGUUCAUCCUGACUGACAACUGCCUCUACUACUUUGAGUUCACCACAGAUAAAGAGCCCAGAGGCAUCAUACCUCUAGAGAACCUCUGUGUGAGAGAAGUGCCGUAUCCUCGCAAACCCUACUGUCUGGAGCUGUACAACCCCAACAGUCGAGGGCAGAAGAUCAAAGCGUGUAAAACAGAGACGGACGGCAGAGUGGUGGAGGGCAAACAUCAGUCCUACACCAUCUGUGCCGCCAGCGCCGAGGAGAGAGACUCCUGGAUUGAGGCCAUCAGAGCAAGUAUCACCAAAGAUCCAUUCUAUGACUUGGUCUCAGUCCGUAAGAAGAAGGUGAUCAACCAAGCGCCUCAGGACUGAGUUCUCCAGUGCGCCCCCCUUCCCCAUCCCCCAUGGAUGUUUAAGGUACUGCACCACAGCGGUAUUCUUUCCGCGCAUCAGUUGUAUUAAACUCUCUGCAACACAAAUGAGUAGGGACACCGGAGGACAGUGGACAGAAAGACACUGACAGAGGUCGUUUCUUAAAGAGCUAAAAGAGGGACUUCUCUUUCCACUUCUCUUUUUACAGACUGAGCUUAAACAAUGUCAAAGGAGAAAAAAAAAAAGAUUCAUUUUUGUUGCUGUCACUGUCAGUGUGACAAGCCACAGAGCGUCUGUCAGCAAAAUCGUCUUGGUGAAAACUCAGUCUUUGUCAAAACGUGUUGUGGAGUUUGUAUAUUUCUGUUUACAUAAGUUUUAAAAAGCGGCUGUGUAUUUACCGCACAUUUUCGUGUCCCCCGUCGUGAAGAGACUGGGCUUUAUUUGGCUGAUGUUUGCCUGCUCCGCGAGACUCGGUUUCUAGGGUCACGAAGACGAGUCAGGCAUGUGAUGCCUCAGCAGUUCCGUGAAUGCUAUAAAAAAGGCGAGAAGCACGCUCUUUCUCAGCUUCCUAACAGUUCUGCAAGGCUCAGAAAUGCACAUUGGCAAGUAAACAGCUCUGCCUCCGCUCAGCGGGUCAUUUUAAAUUGCAUUACAAACGUUUUGCUGGGCUCGGCGUUGAAGGUGCUUAUUUACGAAAAGCUUCAGUUUGUACAGAAAUAAUUUCAUGUAUUUUCAAGCAUUUGUUCUCUUUUCCAGUUGUUUUAAAAUUUGUGAUACUUUAUAUAUUGACAUAUGAUUUACUCUGAAACGUAGAAUCCAGCAUUUUUUUUAAUAUUUCACAAUUAAAGCACAGUGCAAUAAAUGCAAUAUGCAUUAUGUCUAUAUGAAUAAAUGCAAUCUGUACACUGUAAUAUUUUCAAAUCUUUUAGCUGUACCUGAUACUGUAAGUCAUUGUAACUACUGUAUACCAUACCUUGUGUGUGUGUGUGCCAUUUUAAGUAUUAUAUGUCGUGUUUUCAUGAAACAGUUAUUUAAUAAAAAGUACUCCUGUGUCUGUUGA